AUGUUCCCUACAUUUCACAUAAACAACUUCAAGCCGUGGGCUCCCCCUCACACUAAACAAAUCACACCCCACAAAUCCCUCGCUUCGCGCGCUCCGCGCACUCCAAUACCCACCCCAAAACUCAACACCCCCCCUCCCUACAAGCCUCGUCAUCAUUCCUUUCCAAGCACUUUGCCAUCUCCCAAACAUUGCCUCCCAGCGCGGCCACCGGCCGAAGUUUGCUUGCAUAUCAGCGCAGACACUCGGCCGUGUACGUUGAACUCCCAACCUCCACCAAGGGAGUACACCGCAGGGGCUAGCCAAUCUUCACCCAGCACUAGCUCAGAGGAUAGCUUGGAAGAGUUAUUCGGCUUUCCAGGUCUACAGAGCAAUAUUCCCAUUGACCCAGUGAUCCUUGCCGACAAUAAGCCUUGGGAGGAGGAGGCUAGCGGCCUUCACCAACAUAUCCAGCAAUGUGAUGAUCUUAUGUUUCCAGAGACAAUUUGUCCAUAUCCUGAACCUCCAACUCUUUGCGACACACCCGAUCAACUCCGGAGUUCCAGCAAAGACCCCGGCAACCAGGGUGGUAAUACUAAAACAAGCGACCACCCUCGCACCCAGAGGCAUCGACAAUUGAAUUCUUCUAAUCACAACAAUGAAGCCGACACAUCUUGCUCUAACGACACAACGAAAGACACAGCGAUCGGGAUCGGGAGGAAGAUCUGCCAAACGGAUUCGACUUCCUCUCCGAUUACCAACAAGGGAGGAUUCCUUCACCGGCCUUCCUUCGCAUUUCUUAUCUCUACCACUUGA